AUGUCACCAGCAUCAGACAUCUAUGAUCGUUUGGCGAAUAAUGUACAUCAAAAACCAAAACAAAUUAUAAGAAGUAAUUCUAAUCAGUUCUAUAUAUCAAAUUCAAAAUCUAAUUGUGAACAUUUAUAUGUGUUAACAAAACGAAAAUGUAUUCCAUUUAAUGAACAUGAACAAUCAAAACGUCGACAUACAAUUAUAAAUCAAUCUGUUCCAGAAACAAUUAUACAUUGUACAGUAAGUAAUCAAGCAUAUGAAAAAUCAAUGAUAGGAAAAUCUUUAAUAAAUCAACAAACAAAUUCUAAAUCUUAUCGAAUACCAAAAACAUUAUCAAAUUCAGAAAUAAAAUCAAUGGAUUUUCGUCCAUUAAUUAUUAAUGGACGUCGAAAAUUAGGUGGAAUCCCAUCAUCAACAUCAAUGAUUAUUGUUAAAAAAAAAUCAUCAUCUCCUAUGAAUAAUACUUCAUUUAUUCAGAAACCAUUAACUCGUUCGAUUCCAGUUGAUAUUAUAAAUAGCGAUAUGGCAAUGGUUAUUAGUUCUACGAUACCAUCAUCAUUAUCAUAUUCUUCUUCAUAUUCUUCUUCGUCUUCAGCUUCUGCAUCUUCAGCAAAUGUCGGAACCGUUUUUUUACCAAUCCAAGUAACAAAGAGUCAAAACAACAACGACAAUAACAACAAUGAUAAUAUUAAAUAUAGUAACAUUACUACAAUAAAAGAUGAUCAAAGAGGUUAUCGUUAUGUUCAAAAACAAAAUGAACAACAAAAAACAUUUUCAUAUUUAAAAAUAGAAAAUCAAAUUCUAUUGAAUGUUGAUGUUGAUGAAUCAACAAAAAUUCCUUCUUCAUCUUCAAUUGUUGGAGAAGGUAACAAUUAUAAAUCAAAUUCUAUGAUGGAUUCAAAUGUUCUUCGUUUAAUUCGUCGUUAUGAUCCAGUAAGUUCAAAUGUUCCUAAUAUUCAAGCACGUCGUUCGCUUGAUAACACACGAAACUUAUGGAAUACUACAAUUGCUUCAAAAACGCCUGAUUCUUCUCCAUUUUUAUCAAGUCGAUCAUUAACGACAACACAAGAAGAAGAAAUUCCUAUAAAACAAUCAUUUAUACCACGUCUUCAACGUCAAGAAUCAAUAAAUGAACCUGAAUCAUCACCAUUAACAUCAAUAAAUGAUAAUAAUAAUAAUAAUAAUUCAUUACGACCAAUACUUAAAUAUAAUAAAAUAAAAUCACGUACAGAAUUUAUUGUUCAACCUCAACAAACUGAACCAUUAACAAUUGAAAUUGAACCACAUAUACCAUCAAUAAAUGAAAAUAUAAAUACAAAUUAUCAACCAUUAAUUACAAUUGGUACAAAACGUGUAUGUUCAGCAUUAAGUAAAUCUGAAUGGGAUUUACGUUUACAACAAGACCAAAUUCCUAAUCGUUCAUCAUCACCAUCAUCAAUGGUUAAUAAUCAACAACAACAAGAAAAAGAAUUUCAUCGAACAACAACACUUGGUCGAAGUAAAAGUACAAUUGGAAUUAAUAAUGAACAAAAUGAUAAUAUUGAUGAAUUUGAUGAAAAUUCAGCACCAAUUAUUAAUAGUGGUUCAGGUGUACAAAAAUUAAAACAAUUAUUUGUUGCAAAAUCAUCACUUGAUUUAACUAAUAAUUCACCUACAAAUGAUCCUCAACGACAUGAUUCAAAUGAUUCAAAUUUUAAUAAUAAAACUAAUAUACCAUCAUCAUCUAUUAAACCAUCUCCAAUAUUAAAUUCAAUUGAAUCUCAACAACAACAACAACAACAAAUAAUAAAUAAACCAACAACAAUUGUUCAAGAUAUUACACCAAUACCACCAUUUAUUAAUAAAAAACCUAUACUUAAAAGUCAAAAAACAAUUGAUAGUCAAGAAUUGGCUAGUCGUACAAACAAUAGCAAUUUAAUGCCUAUAUCAGAACUUUCAUAUGAUACUUAUCAUUUUCGUCGUUUAAAUGAUCAUGAUUCAACAACUAUACGUCCAAGAAAUGUAGCAAAAGUUGAACCAUAUUCAAUAAAUACAAAUACAGUUCGUCCAUUAUAUCAAUCAACAUCACAACCCAUCACAAUGACAACAACAACAACCACAACAACAACAACACCAACACCCACAACCACAGCUGCACCAUUAAAAGCACGUAUUAAUCUUGAUAGUAUAGGGAAUACACCAACAAAUUCAUCAACAUCCUCAUCGGCAGGUUCCCUUGGUGGCAUGAUUCGUCAUCCUAAUGUUCAUCAUUCAGAUUUUCUCAUGCCUAAUCCUGCAUAUCCAACAUAUCCUAAUCAACCUCUAUCUAAUUCUUCUUCAUAUAAAACACCCCAAAUAUUAUUGUCUGAAUCAGUUUCGCAUGGUUCAUUGCAUCAAUUACCAUCUGCUAAUAUUCCAUCAUAUCAUGGACGUACUACCGGCUUAACUUCAUCAAUAAAUAAUUUUCAACAAAAAUAUUCAUUACCUACACAGGGAGAAUUUCAUUCUAGUAUGCAUACAUUUUCACCUACACCAAAUCAUGAUAAUUAUAUUCCAGCAAGUUCAUAUCAUUAUCGACCAACAUUAACAACUGUAAUAAAUAAUUAUCAACAACAACAACAACAACCAGAAAUAUCAAAACGUUCAGACAUUAUUGAACAACAACAGCAGCAUGAUGAUUUAAUAAAUAGUGCACAACAGCAACAAUCUCGUCGUCGUUUUCAAAAACGUAAACAAAUGAAACGUUCGAAAAGUGUUGAUUUAUAUCAAGAACCAUCAUCAUUUAUGUCUCCAACAACGAUACAUAAUGAAUUGAAUAAAUCUUAUCGACAACCAAAAUCAACAAGUCGAGAAUAUUUAUGUGGAAAAGAAAAUUUAUCAUCAUCAUCAUCUUCAUCUUCAUCAUCAUCGACAGCUGAUAUUGAACGUGUUAAUCGAGCUGCUUUACUUCGAUAUAAAUCACUUGAUUCAAUGACAUUAAAUAAUCGAAAAAAAAAUUUAAAUGGAAGAAAUCAUAAUAAUCGAAGAAUUAUAUCUAAACCAGCUGAAUUUGAUUUUGAUAGUGAUGAUUCUGUUUGUGGAAUACCAAAACCCCGAAAGACAAUCGGACGGUGA